AUGCUAAAGCUGUUCUUGCUAAAUUUCGUCUUUGUUACCGUACUUUGCGUGCACGGUGAAGGAUGUCAAAAUGGAGCCAUCGAUUUCUCCGAUCAAAACGAAUGCAUUCAGGCUUUCGGAUCGGCUGUGAGUCAAAACUCGGCCCGUCAGUCUUGUAUUCAUUUGGACUUUUUCCAAGGUCAACUAGUUCAACCGAAAAACGCCUACGAAAAUCAACAAGCCGCUUUGCUCGUUAAUCCCUCCCUUCUUUACUCAAAUCUUACAUACAUUGGAGUGGAAAAGCUGGAAGUAAACGGCGAGUGGAGCUAUGUGGAUGGGACGGAGCUUGUCUACAAGAAUUGGGCCACAAAUGAGCCAAGCGAAAACCCGGCGAAGAGUUGUGCAGCGAUUGGUGUCACCGGUGAUUGGUGGACAGUUGACUGUGAUCGGGAAUUGCCUUUCAUUUGCACGUAUCCAGAUAAUAAA